CGGCGCGGAGGCGCACUGAGCCUCAGCCGCCCCCUCACUACCGGGCGCCUUUCCUCCAUCGCGCAGGCGCACUGAACUUCAGCCGCGCCGGGAGGCGGGCCGGACGGCGAGGGGACCGAGCGAGCUGCUUUUUGAGGCUGCGCACUCGCGUGGCCCCGCCCCACAGGUCCGCUUCCGGCGCCGCGGCUCUUCCGGGCAGAGACAGCUUGUACUGCAGUCGGAGUUAUAACGAGCCCCUGACUGACCGAGCGACCGCCGACCAUGGCUCCCGGAGUGGCCCGCGGGCCGACGCCGUACUGGAGGUUGCCCCUCGGUGGCGCCGCGCUACUCCUGCUGCUCAUCCCGGUGGCCGCCGCGCAGGAGCCUCCCGGAGCGACUUGUUCUCAGAACACAAACAAAACCUGUGAAGAGUGCCUGAAGAACGUCUCUUGUCUUUGGUGCAACACUAACAAGGCUUGUCUGGACUACCCAGUUACAAACAUCUUGCCACCUGCUUCCCUUUGUAAAUUGAGCUCUGCACGCUGGGGAGUUUGUUGGGUGAACUUCGAGGCGUUGAUCAUCACCAUGUCGGUGGUCGGAGGAGCCCUCCUCCUGGGCAUUGCCUGCUGCUGCUGCUGCUGCUGCAGGAGGAAGAGGAGCCGGCAGCCAGACAGGAGCGAGGAGAAGGCCAUGCGCGAGCGGGAGGAGAGGCGGAUACGGCAGGAGGAACGGAGAGCAGAGAUGAAGACAAGACAUGAUGAAAUCAGAAAAAAAUACGGCCUGUUUAAAGAAGAAAACCCAUAUGCUAGAUUUGAAAACAACUAAAGCGCUCCAGCCGUCAGGCAGUCCCGAUGCUUCCUGUGAGGUGCACACUCCGCAGCUCAGCCCAGCCGGGAGACCACGUGGCCCUCGCGGUCUCCUGACCUUGACCAGUGAACCUGCCAGCCUUCCAGGACAGGUGGCCGGAGAGCUGCCCCUGAAGGACAGUCUUCCUCUCGUCCUGCAAACUGGUGACCUUCUAUUCCCUGUUCAUCUCUGUUUCUAGAUUUAGUCACUUGAAAUAAGAAAUCUUUGGGGUUUGGGGUUUUUUAUACUCUUCUCAGUUUGUAAGAAGCUAACUGCACGCAAAGCCGCCUGACGGCACCUAGCACUGUGGCUGUCAUUCUCCCGGGCAGCAGCAGAACCCUGCCUUCCUCUCUGUCUGUUAACUAGCUUCACACGCAACAGAGGGAAGACGGUUUGACUUUUGUCGUGAGGAGAACUGACCAGCCCUCAUCAGUCCCCAUAAAACCACGGACAGCAUCAAGUGUUCACACCUGUUGACUCACAUGGCUUUUGCUGAUGACACGGGGCUCCAGUACACAGUCUGAUAAGGACUUACUUCCUAACCUCAAUGGUAUUAAAUAGCAUUGGGGAAUAGCUAAACCUUUAAAAAAAGAAAAAAAAAAUUAUUGGAUUUUCCUCCCUACUUAAAAGAUUUCACCAGAAGACUUUCAUAUAAAAAUUCAGGCUCUUUUUGGCCAGUUUUUAAAAUUUGUAUCUUUACUAGAACGUGAGAAUCUUUUUCCCUUGGAAGUUUGAAUUAGAAGUGUGGUGUUUGGCCUGCCUCUGCAGCACCGGUUGCCUGCUCGUGUGCCAGCACUGUUGGGAGGAUGGGGCAGGACGCUGCACCUUUCUCCAGCCCUGUUGGCAUCCUCAGUGCCUGCAAGCCUCUCCCUGCCUGUUGGGCUGUCUGGGGGGUGGCCAUUUAGGGAUCGUGGGGACGGGGUCCACCCCAAGAAGAAAGAAAGGCCCAUCCACAGGCCUGGCUCUGGGCCGUGUGCCCCAGAAGCAGGUGUGUCCAGAGCCAGCUGAGGGCUCUCCUCACACCAUCCAGCAGGCGCCAGUGCUCCUUCUGCCUCACGGGACCAGUCCAGCUUCCAGCCGCUCUGGCUCGAGGGUGUUCUGAGCCCUUCCUUCAGAGUGGGCUUCCCCGGGAGCUCUCCAGUGGCACUGCUGGACCUGCCCAUGUUUCUGUAAAAUCAGGAUACGUGGCUUUAGUAAGUAGACCCAGCGCUUCGUGACAGGGGGAGCAGCGUGCGGGGAGGUCACUGAAAAGUGCUGCCUAAGGAAGUUUGAAAAUAGUCCCUGUUCCAGAUUGCCUUGAAUUUUAAAACGUUUUGCUUUGGGAAAGUAGGUCGACAGCACCUAAGAUAAAUGAUGCAUUCCAUGUUCACACCUCACAGUCAGGAAAACUGAGAAAACUGUCUUCCGCAUGAACUGAAGUUCACAGGCAGAUCACUGUGAUCCACAACACUAAGAACUCAUCAAACAGCUUGAUAAGCCUUUUUGACUGUGUGCAUCUGUACCGGGAGUAACAUUCCUAUGCUGAAAUGUUCACAAAGAAUAGAACCUGCACCCAGUUCUUCAGGCUGAUUUCUCUGACCUCUUGGGCAUUUGCAUUUGUAGUAAAGUAUUGCAGAGUUUCCUAAGUAUUUUAUAGCAGCCAUCAAAAUUGGACUUUGUAUUGUUUAUUCAUAAAAGAAACUUAGUAAUAGACUUGAACGAACUUUGUAUGAAUACAGUAGUGUGUACGCAAAAUCAGUGUCCUAAAUGUAGGCUGCUGAGCUGAAGGUAGAGCUUGGUUGUUAAAUACAGUGGGUGAAUCCUUGCGUUCAGUGUAGAAGCUACGUCUGUAAGGUUGGUCUUAGUCCAUCUGAUUUUCUCUGAAAUACGCUAAGAGCAGCCACAAAACUGUAACCUCAAGGAAACCAUAAAGCUUGGAGUGCCUUAAUUUUUAACCAGUUUCCAAUAAAACAGUUUAAUAUCUGCAUUUGUCUA